GACUCUCCCUUCCUCCCUCCCUUGAGUCCUCGAUAUCCAGGUUUCCUCCAGGAAGUCACUGUGAACUUGGGUUCUGGUUCAACUUUCAACAAACAGAGGAACCGAUUGAGACUGAGAAUCUGAGAUCUCGUUUGCUUGGAACAACAUAGUAUAAUGAGGGCUUCUAUCAAUCGUCCACCAACACCAGACGCAGAGGAAGACCAAGAAAAAGAACUAACCCUUCAAGAGAUCAUCAACAUCAAAUUAAUUGAGAGCGGGGAAAAAGAACGAUUGAAGGAGCUUCUGAGGGAAAGGCUUAUCGAAUGUGGAUGGAGAGAUGAAAUGAAAGCUCUUUGCAGAGCAUUUACUAAGAAGAAAGGAAGGAAUAAUGUUACUGUGGAUGACCUUGUACAUGUAAUAACCCCUAAGGGCAGAGCCUCAGUUCCUGAUUCUGUAAAGGCUGAACUGUUGCAGCGCAUCCGAACUUUUCUAGUGUCAGCAGCUCUGUGAUCCUGAAAUCUCAAUUCUCCUUGCUCUCACAGUUUCUUCUAGGAGUUUUUUCUCUGCUUUUAGUGUCUUGGUGUCAUUUGCAGACUCAGCCCUCUUGAUUUAAGGUCCUGAUGGAAGUCUACCAGUCCUUGUUUCAAAUUGCAGAUGUACCUUGGGUGUGAAAAAAUAAUUAAUUUGCUCAUAGUAACAGUAUGUAUUGUAAUUGAAUGUUCCCUGUCAAAAGCUUUGACAUUCAAUUAAAGUUUGAAUGAAGGGUGUUAAGGUUGUUAUCCAGAA